UCAAAAGCGUAGCGUUUGGUUUUGUAUCCCACCGCUAGGUGCCAUUAGCAGCUUUCCUAAACAGACCGGAGAGCUGAACAAAAGCGGUGUUUUUCUCCUCCUACAAAAAAUGUGAUAAAGCUGUGUUCCAGUGAAAGCAGGUGGGAUUCCCCGGCUCAGCCAUGACGCUUUCCUUCUCGGCACUCCAUGCGCAAGGGAUGUGUGGAUUUAGUUAUGGCGCUGGCGUGAAGUUGUUGGAAAUGGGCAAACCCAGGAAGCAGGAUAUUUGCUCAUCUGUUGUUUAAGCUUGCCAGGUUAGCCAAGAACUAGGGAACGGGGAGUCAAACCUGUCAAUGUAAAGUAUUCUGUUUAAACCGGAAGAAACCGAUAGCUCAGAAGACACUAAUACCAACUGACUGAAGAGCGAUUUUUACAAAGUUACACUGACAAGCUAGCACGCACAGUACUACAAUUGUGACCUCGGACGAAGGAAACAACAUGGACCACUGAAGCUGAGUUUCUUGAUCUACGAACAUUUAUUUCCAUUGUUUAUGUUGACGUACUGAAGAUCGCAAUCAUGCCAGUGAAAACAAAGUACAAUUUAGUGGAUGAUGGACAUGACUUGCGGAUUCCUUUGCAUAACGAGGAAGCAUUCCAACACGGUAUUAAUUUCGAAGCAAAGUACAUUGGUAGUCUGGAUGUGGCGCGACCCAACAGCCGUGUGGAAAUAGUUGCUGCCAUGAGAAGGAUCAGGUAUGAAUUCAAAGUGAAGAACAUCAAGAAGAAAAAAGUCAACAUCAUGGUGUCUGUGGAUGGGGUCAAAGUUGUCCUCCGCAAAAAGAAAAAGAAAAAAGAAUGGACGUGGGAUGAGAGUAAGAUGAUGGUGAUGCAGGAUCCCAUUUACAGGAUAUUCUAUGUAUCACAUGAUUCCCAAGAUUUGAAAAUCUUCAGUUAUAUAGCCAGAGAUGGACAGAGCAAUGUGUUCAGAUGCAAUGUCUUCAAAUCCAAGAAGAAGAGCCAGGCUAUGCGGAUUGUGCGGACGGUGGGUCAGGCCUUUGAGGUGUGCCACAAGCUCAGCCUGCAGCACACGCAGCAGAACGCCGAUGGCCAGGAGGACGGCGACAGCCAGAAGACCAGUGUGGACUCCAUAGUGCAAGCAGGUAACAGACUGUGUGCAGAUCGUGAGCUGCCAGGGGCUGAGAAGGCCAUGGCGGAGGAGACGGACAUCGACGCAGAGGAGUUGCCUUUGACUGACAGCACAGCAGAUGAAUUCCGCCGCGGGGUGACCGACCUAGACACUGCCAAAAAGGAAGAUGAUGUUACUAAGGGCAAACAGCUCCCUGAAGAUGCCUCCAUCCUGCUUUCCUCUCCGAAGAUGCUGCUCCCAUCGGGGGACCAGCUUCCUGCCGGUGCGCCCCUCUCCGUGCACCACCAGCUCCAGCUCCUCCAACAGCAGCUCACCCAGCAGCAGCAGCAGACCCAAGUGGCUGUGGCCCAGGUUCACCUGCUGAAGGACCAGCUCUCUGCAGAGGCUGCAGCCAGGAUCGAAGCCCAGGCCCGCGUGCACCAGCUGCUCCUGCAAAACAGGGACCUCCUUCAGCACAUCUCCGUGCUGGUCAAGCAGGUCCAGGAGCUGGAGGUCAAGCUGGCUGGUCAUGGCUCAAUGGGAUCCCAAGACAGCUUGUUGGAGAUCACUUUCCGUUCCAACGUGCCUCCGGUCAUCUGUGACCCCAGCACGCCACGCCCCGAGGACGCAACCCUGCCGCUGACUGACAGCACGCAGCUCUCCCUGCCCCUUGGCAGCCCUUUAGGUAGGGGCCGAGCCUUGGCCAAGUUUGAGUGUUUCCGCUUUCUCCCGGGGCCCCCCCAGCAGGAGAGGAGUCCGGACACCUCCUCACAGGAGGCGUCGCCUUCGUCAAGGGACGAGCCCCUUGGCAGCCUGGAGCUGCUUAAGUUCCGCGAGUCAGGCAUCGCCUCCGAGUACGAGUCCAAUACAGAUGAGAGUGACGAGCGUGACAGCUGGCCGCUGCAAGAGGAGAGUACGCUGCGCCUCCUCAAUGUCCUCAACCAGCACGGCCCCUCCGACUGCCUGGAGGACGAGAUCGCUGUGUAGCAGAGGAGUCCGCUAAUAGCUAGAAGCUAUCUGUGCUAGACAUUUGUCCUUGUUGUAAGACUAAAACGUUUUAAAAGACCUGCCUGUAUUGUUGAUUCUCUGACAUAAAGGCAGGUGUUUUAAUCCUCUUGUGCGGUUUUGGUGCACCACUAAAUGUCAUAAUUUCAAAAAAACACCACACUGUUCCAAAGUAGUGCUAACUAUACACUGAACCUUAUAUGUGGUGAGAUUCUGAAUGAGGUAAAAGUGUAUCAGUUUAGAUUCUGCUUGCUACUGUCUGAUCUUUGCAGUCUGUAAGAAGUAGUUAUUAGGUAUAGUUAUUUUUGCAGAGAUGAUUAUACAGUAACUGUACAGGACCAAAAAAGACAUUUUAUACACGCUUGUCUGAAACUCUGUCAUCUUAGUUUUACAACUGCUGUGGUUUUGUUACUGCACAGAAUAAUGCAUCUCUACAUUGAUACAUAGUCCAUUCCACCACCUGUGGAUAUUAGGUCAGUAUAACAUAUAUAACAAUAUGAAAAUAUAACAAUACAACCACCUGGAAAACCAAUGGUCAGAAGGUCUUUUCUGUAGGACAGAAAUAUGUUCAGAUAAUUAAACCAUGAGGGUGGUAAGGCCUCAGAACUCUUAAGAUAAAGGAAUCCAAUUAGCUGGCCAUCUGAGAGAUGUCAGCCUCCACUCUUCUGUUUCCUGUUGUAUAUUAUGCGUUCCAGAGGUCCUCUGCAAAUAUAUAUUUUUGACCUUUCUGAGAUUUUUGUGUGGAGUUUGGUGUAUUUAUCUAAAUUUAUUUAUUUAUUUAAAAAUAUAUAUAUUUUGCAAUCUCCCCACUUUUUACUAUAAACAACACAUAGAAGUGUCUGAUCUAUCACCUACACUACUGGUCUGAAUAACUUCUGAGAUAUGUGGUGCCCUUCUGCUUAUACGCUCAUACAGAGUUGGUGUCUGGAAGCCCAGGCAGGCUGAUAAAUAGAGAGUAAUUAAUGGCAAGUCAGUCUUGAGUCAAACUGUGUCAAGGGCACAGAGAUAGAAACAACACUCCUGAUACUCCAAAUCCAUGAGAAUGAUGCCUUCUACCUCAUUUAAUAUUUCACUUUGGGCCAGGACACAGUGGAUUCUUCCUCUCCUUUUCAAGGUCACACAAAGCUGUUUUAUCACACUAAGUAUAUAAUGGCAGACAACAUUAACAAAAAAAACAUUGCUGGGGAAAAAUGGGUUUAGAGUUUGCAAGGCAUAAGAAAUGUGUUCAGUUAGCAAGUUUGAAUCAUUGAUGUUAUCCAGUCAGGUGUCCAAAUUUCAGUAAGCUCAUGUAGUUGAUAUCGGAUGUAGUUAAUCCUUUAUGAAAAGUAAAAUGUGCCCUCUCCCUCUUCUGCACGGCGACUGGGUGGGUAUGAGAGCAGCAGACCAAACCCUGGUGUCCUGCAGAAUUGUACUGCACAGUAAGGGACCCUACUAAGGCAGGUGGAACUUUGAACAAGCACUUCAAGGCUUUCUGGCAGUAAUGAAAAGUGGAUUCACUGUAGAUUACAAGAGAGACACUUCUGGUUGAAGAUUUGGUUAUUUAAUUAUGUCUUGUGAUAAAAUAGAAAUCACUGAAAAUCAGAUAAAGUCAGUUAAAUAUCUGCUUUUGAUAUGGAUUGGUGGGUGGGAGAAAAAGACUUGAACCAAGCAAGCUGGUGUUUUUGAAUGAGAUGUUUGAAUGAGAAUGCUUGAGUAUGGCUUCUGGUUCUGUGGUAGCAGGGAUGCAGUGGUGUGCAUUAAUAUAGGCUUAUAAAGCUGUCGCCAUCCAAGGUGAGCAUAGUUGCUAUGUGACUAAGUGUUGACAGAAUUGCAUCUUCAUUGGCCUUUGAGGUAAUUGUCAAGGAUGUCUCUGCCAUCUGUCACUUUCUGAUUUACUGCUAUUUUCCCUGUCUUACGCCACAGACCUUCCUCAUAUGAUACAUUUUCCCAGUUAUUUACACAGUUUUUAAAUACUAGCAGGACUACAUGGAUAUAGUAAUUGAAAAGCAGUCAUUACUUUUUGUGAUAAAGUACUGGGCAAUAUUAACUGUGAUUGACAUUACAACACAUCACUGUGCACACUGCAGAAAUGCAGUUGUUAUGAGGUGCAUAGAUCAUAAAGCAAUCUGAAUGGUCAGCGCAUACAGUCAGCAUUCCUGUGUUUCAUUAGGUCUACUGACAUGUCUUAAUCUAUGUAAAUAAGAAUGCUUGAUUGUGGUGCAGUAUGCAUACCAGCAAAUGGCACGCAUUAAUUAUGUCCUUUUGCAGUGAUUUAACUGCAGUGCCAAAAAAAUUCAGGUAAUUUACAAUUAAUUGUGAAGUCCUAAUUAGUUACUUUCUUUCUCCAAUAGAGGAAAAUGAAAAUAUUGUUUUUGUUGGAGCAACAGGGCAAUGACAAAAAAGUGAAUGGCACGUCUUCAUGUCCUGUCAUUUUCAAGUUUUUUUCAUGGCAUUACUGUUUUUUCAUGGCAAGACUUGGUUUGAAAAUCUUUCAGGGCAAAAGCUAUGAGAUUGAUGUUGCCUGGGUUACAAGAAGGCAUUUAAAAGAUACAGUAAAUAGGUAAGAAAAUUAUUAAAGGGAGCAUGGAUUUUUAUGGACUUUGUCUCAUUAGUUUUCAUCUUAGUCAUGCUGUGCUCCAGAUAGUCCCUGCAGAGAAAGUCUGGGUCCAUCAAGGUCUGUAUUCUCUAGACUGGAAGUAAAACUGUUCCAUCAAUAGAGAAUCCCAUCACAUCAGAGAUGCAUCUGAAGAAAGCCUAGUUUGAACAUCCAGAGGGUUUUCUCUUUUAGAUUUGCAGACACAUUGGAGAAUUACUGUUUCAUCCACACUCUUUUCAGAGAGGCAAGCUUACCAGUAGCUUCAGAGUGUAAUUGGAAUUCUAGAACUAUCCCACUUCUUGUUUUAGCCCAGUAGCCUUUUCUAUGGGGCACAAGGCUGCUGCCUAUGCAGGACUUCCUCCUGGUUCUAAAAAAUGAAGCUACUUCAGGAUCAAGUUCUUGAAAAGGCUGUACCCAGAAGCUUGUUUGACGUGUUCGUUAUGAGUAAUAUAAAGGUGUGAGUAGUUGUUACACAUAUUUCAUACUCCAUAAUCUAUGCGCAUUUUCUCAAGUGAGAAAAAAACAGCUCUGUUACAGAAUUGACAAAACAGGUACUUUAUUGCUUGCUGCACCAUCUUUCUUUUCUAAUCAGUCACCUAGGUCCAUCUGAAACAGAAUCUCAUCCUCAAACCAUAAGUAAAUAUGCACAAAAUCCAUCUUGUUGCAUAAGAUAGCAUUCACUGACAGACGGGGCAAAUCAUGUAAUGAAAUAUUGAUUUGAUGUCAGAAGAAAAUGGAGGUGUUCAGGCAUGCCUGGCAAGACGGUGUCCUCUGGGCGUUCUCCGUGGUCUGCCCUGCCAGGCUGACAUCUUUCAGCAUCUUCAGAUGAGCAAGGCACGUCUUUGUCCUAGUCUGCCUUGUAAUACAUUGUAUCCUGUGCUGCGGCAUCCUUGUUCGACCAAAGAACCUCAUCUCUUAUUCUUUGGUGAGAGUUCUAACUCCUGUUGGGCUCCUAGAUGUCUAUAAUUUUGUGUAGCAGUCACAGUGCCCAGUGGUGCAGCACUGAGUUUUUCCCUGAGCAACACAGAGGUGUAAACAGGAGGAUCUUAUUUUCCAGAUAGAUCUUCAGCCAGAGCACCUUUGUGUGCGAGGGAAGAAUGAGAGGCCUGAUAAGGUUGAAUCACUGUCUUCAUAAUCUCAUUAUAAACUCAUGAUGGAGUGCCCACUAUGACCUUUUGACCCCAUAUGGCUAAGACCCAGCUGUGUUUGAGUCAAAUGUCAUAACGUAAUUUCAGUUCCCUACCCCCAUUCCGUGAGUUAAAGAUUUAUAUGCAGGAAGAGAGUCCUAGUGAAAUAUUGAUGUUUGACCCACCUCUGCCCAGCCUGGGUAUCCAUCAGGCCAGUCAGAGUGGUGAGAACUGUUUCUGCUUCUUCUGUUGUUUUUCUGUUUGGGAGAGAUGUGUGUGUAUGUUGACUUGCUACAGACUGACCUUGUUAAUACAUACCCACCUAAACCUGUUCAUACUUAGAUUCCCACAACCACUGUGACAUACCGAUGAAGGUUCUACAGUAAAAUAAGCAUCGCUUUAAACACCCUUUCUACAACCUAAUAGUGACACUAAUAAAAAAGGGUGUUUUUUAUUAAUUUGAACCAAGUUGGUUCUAAAUAUAUCUUUUUUGUUUCCUUUUUUUCUGCAAACAUUACUCCUUUAUGCCUGUCUGUGCUGUUGACCUAGAUCAAGUCAGUCUACACCUAUAAACUAGUCUUAGUGGAAAUCCUGGUGCUCUAUACUAAGUACCUGCAGGAUAAAAGGGUAUGUAUCACUUUGAAACGCAUAUUGAAAUCAUUAUGAGAAUAGUCUGUUCUCUAAUAAACCUACUUGUCUUGUUAAUAUACAUGAAUUAUCCAAUAUGGGUUGGUCAAGGUGAGAUUAAAGAAAAAUUAGGUCAUUGUGGAACUUGGUGGUUGUGUAUGAGCAGAGCUGCAAACUCAUGACCCUGUGUAAUUGGGUUGACUGAACAGUAAGAAGGGUCUGAGUGUGCUUGUGAACUUGGCAGGGAUGGUGGAUAAGAGGGCAUCCUGUGGUGCUGAGGAGUCACGAGUUCUGUCUCACUGUGGCACACCUGAUAUUGUGUUAUUAAUCUCCUCUCUCGGGGGAGUGUGUUUAAAUUUUACAUUGCGUUUUAUCAAAAUGGAACCAUGUAGCCAGUGUCUAUAGGGGUUGGAAAUGCACUUACUGUCUUGCUUUGGCUCAAUAAAACCUUAUUUCAUUCCUA